AUGAUGCUAAGACAGGUGGUCACAUUGCUGGUGGUGCUGUUACUGCCAGGCCUCAGUCACAGUUUUAAUCCAAAUUAUGGGACAUCAGUCACACAUCGAAGCAUCACUGUGAGGGCAAUCCUCAGAAAGACUGCCGAGGUCUGCCGAGGCCUUGCUAUUGCGACGAGAGGGGAUUUCACAUUUACCAUUGAUGACAGCUUGUCAGUGAACGCCGUCCUAAGGGCUUGUUCCAGUGAUCCAAGCUCCACUUCUCCUUUCUCUUCUGACGACUUCCAAACUGCCAUUAACAAAAUUCACAGACAUAAUUCAAAGGUGGAUCUCCGCUAUGCCUUUACAGCAGCACGUCAUUUUGACAAUGAAGCCUUCCAGGAAGGUCGGAAUAUCAUCACAGCAGGUUUGGCAAACGUGAAGACUAAUGUGAACAGUGGAAAUUUUGCCACUGGACGGAAAAUUCUUGGAGAAAUCUGUCACACCCUUCAGGAUUUCUACAGCCACAGUAACUGGGUGGAGCUUGGAAAAACCACUCCUUAUAGCACACUCAUCAGACAAGAUCAACCUCUGGAAAACUUGGCAGGUGUCAAUGUUCCAACCUGCAGGAGCUGCACAGGAGAUAACUGUCAAAACAACAUAUUGCCUGAAGUGAUAACACAACAGCUUAUAACUUCAGGUUACUUUGAAAUCUUCUCUAAUGACAAACCUGCAGGUAAAUGCAGCCAUGGCGGUUUUUUUGAUAUAACAAGUUAUGAGGAUCCUGUGGGAGGUAUUAAUAAGGAUAAACAAGAUUCCAGCCAUGGUUUCCUUCACCAGGAAGCAGCAGAUCUGGCACUUGAUGCCACAUUGGAGCUACUGGAAGACAUCAGAGUAGCGGUUGGAGAAAAGAACUUUCUGCGAUUCAUGGGUCUGUCCCAGUCCUCUGCACUAUGUUUUGUGAUUGACACCACUGGCAGUAUGAGAGAUGACAUCGCUGCAGUCAGGGAGGUUUCCUUUCACAUUAUUGAUAGCAGGAAGGGGACACCAGAGGAGCCAUCUCUAUACAUUCUGGUACCUUUCCAUGACCCAGGUUUUGGACCUGUGAUGAGUACAACUGACCCAGAUGACUUCAAAGCCAGUAUUAACAGACUCACUGCAAGUGGAGGAGCUGGUGACAUCAGAGAAAAGAGUCUGUCUGGACUACAGCUUGCUCUAACUGCUGCUCCACCGGCAUCCGACAUUUUCCUCUUCACUGAUGCUCCUGCAAAUGAUGGCCAUCUGAAAAACGCCGUUACAGCACUGAUAGAGAGUACAAAGUCUGUGGUAACUUUCAUGUUGACAAAUGUGUUUGCUACGCGGCGAGGCCAAAGUGAUGGUCAAAAUCCAUUGACACGUAGCAUGACACAGGCACAGACUGAGCUAUACCGGGACUUAGCCCGGGCCUCUGGGGGUCAGACCAUCGAGGUCAGCAAGUUAGAUCUUACUCAGGCCACUGCUGUUAUAGAAGACCUAUCAGCCAACGCUGUGGUGACAGUUUUCCAAGCAGCAGUUGAUCCAGGACGUCCUAUGAAUUUCUCUUUUGUUAUUGAUGCAUCGGUCAGAAACAUUAUCAUUUACAUAACAGGAGUGCAAAGAUCUCUCGCCUUCAGACUCACCAGCUCAACAGAGAUGGAAAGCAAAAGAGUGUGUGUGUGA